AUGAGACUGACCAUAAGAAAUACAGUUCUACUUGCACUGAUCGGGUGCAUGAUGAGUCCAGAAGUUAAUGCCUUUACCUCAACGACCAAGAGUUCAGCCAAUACAGAUCCUGCUGUCCGACUGUAUGGUAUGAAACGUCCCAUCAUCGAUCAAGUCGCAUCGACGUUGUUUCAACUGGAAACCAGCCGAGUCGAAGCGUCGUCUGUGGUGGAUGACCAAGGCCGCAAAGGAGAGCCCAUGGAAUGGAGUGAAUCAGAUUCCAUUGCCAAUCGUUUUUCUCAAAUUGUCCAAAACAACGAAUUGGGGUACCGAUUCAAACAAUUUGUGGCGGAUAUUGUUGCAGGUCAGGAGUAUGAUCAUGAAGCAACCAUAAAAGUCAUUGAUGAGUUUGUAUCUUCCACCACCACCACAUCCACCAAUAACAAGCAGCAACCAUCCAUUUUUGGCAACUUUUUUGCAGGAGCUGGCGGCAGCCGUAAAGGAGCACCACCAGUUGCCAUGUUCUCGUUUACUACCUGUCCCUUUUGUCGUCGAGCCAAGGAUUAUCUCGACGCCCAAGGCAUUCCCUAUGUAUCCAUGGAGUUGGACGAGUUGCCUGGAAAUCAAGGGAAUGAGAUUCGUGCCAGUUUGGGGCGCAAGACUAGGCGCACGUCGGUUCCAUCCAUCUUUGUGAGGGGAGAAUACGUGGGAGGUUGUAACGAUGGACCAGGAUUGCUACCACUUGGGGAAUCUGGAGAGCUUCAACGCAUAUUGGAGGGAUAA